GGUAGUACGCUUCCGACCGCCAUUACAUUACAAUGCGUGGUGGGCUGGACGAUCGUGCGCGAAAAAAUGCUACGGCGGCGCUUCGGCGUAGAGCAAACAGACACAAGAGGGUGAGAAUGACACGGACGGGGCUCACACCGCGCACACUUCCACUUAUUUACCAAUAUAAUAACGCGCUCCGAGCGACCAUAAACAAUGAGGAAGGAGUCGCCGCCGAGGACAUCAUGCGCGUGUUGAGGAUUUAAUUCAAUAACCAAACCAUUUCUCGAGGAGAAGGAGGAGAAGGAGGAGGACACGCUUUUUUAAAUGUCGAGGUGGUUUGUAAAAGAAAGAUCUGCAGCAUGCAAACACGUUCCCUCUGUCAACGAUCGGCGCCUGAACUGUGCAUUUGAAAACAAAAUCAUACGAGAGAUUUUUCUGCGUGUGUGCAAGACUGAGGCUGUUGUGGCCGCGAGAGAGGACGUUUCGUAAUGAUAUAAAACUGAAAGGAAGGAAGGAUUUUUUCAAACCUCCGUCUACAGAAGCCUGUUUGUCGUUUUCCUGGUGGCGGAGUGUAAGAAUAGUUUUUUUCUUGUCUGAACGGUUUGACUCAUGAUUCGGGGCUUUUCUUUUUCUUAAAAAAAAAAAAAACAAAAAAAAAAACUGGGAACCCGCUCGACUUCUUCGUCCGCCCUGCCACGGAGGGAGCACUUGAGGGCUUGCUUUUUCUUUCUUUUCUUUUCUUUUCUUUUCUUUUUUUUUUUUUUUUUUUUUUUUUAAAGAUCUCCCCUGACCACCACCACCACCAACCACCUCAUCUGCGGCCCGUUUAAUUCAAGAGCAACAGAGGGAUUAAACAUUCCUGCUCUCAGCCUGUUUGCGCGUGUGUGUGUGAGAGAGUGUGUGAGUUAGAGAGGGAGAGAGAGAGAGGCAGACGGGGCUACAUUGUGAGAGAGGAACGGUUGUGGUAAGAAAGAAGGCUAUAAAUAGCUCAUGCAAUUCUCGAAAACUAUCACAAGUGGUGCAUCAGCUUGUGGAGCAGACGGAAUCAGAUAUCCUGCACGUAAUGUCUCGGCUCUAAGUUGAUUGUUUUGCAGAGAGACGAACGUGUAAUAUUUUUAAAGAAAGUUUUGACUCUUUAAUUUCACAGUUUUUUUUUUGGGAAGGGAGCGUGUGUGUGUGUGUGUGUGUGUGUGUGUGUGUGGAGGGGGGGAGAAGCUGUUCCUCGGCGCAGAAGAAGAGGAGAGGAGUCGCUUUCUCAUGGAUUACGCUCAUUUAAUGAUGAAACUAUCAGCGGAGAGACUGAUAUGGAAGCAGGCUGAUGAUCCUGUGCGCGUGGAUUGAGAUGGAUACAUGUCUGUGCUCUCCCGCGUUUGACAAUGCUCAGAUUUGGAAUCGCUUGACCUGGAUUGUAACAAUGUUUUGAUUCCCCUUCCCCUCCUCUCCUCUCCCCAACACCACCACCACUAACCACCCGCCACCGCCGCGCUCGCGCGCGCACACACUCACACUCACACACACACACACACACAAGCACGCACGUGCGCGCCCGCUUGGAUUUACAACAUUAAGACAACAUUAUAGAUCUGCCUUUAUGGAUGCAUUCUGCACUUCUUUUUGAAUACGCCCAUUCCUCCCUCUGCCCAGACCAUCCCGAAUCUUAUCAUUAUCUGGACCUCUCGUGAGGUGUAUUUUGUUUGUUUGUUAUUUUUGUUUUUUGAAUUUUUUGGGCAGACACUCGUUAAAAAAAGGAAACCCGAAUUUGUCAGCCCUGCUCGGUGUUUUUGGAUACCGAUGUAGGAUUUCGACAUGCCCAGCGCUGACGACCCCAACAACGGCGGACGAUUAUGACUACAUCGGCGAAUUGGGUGGCUAACGGGGCAAGCCUUGAGGACUGCCACUCCAACAUCUUCUCUCUGGCGGAGUUGACGGGCAUUAAAUGGCGCUGCUACAACUUUCGCAGUGGCGGGGAGUACGGGCCAGUGAUCUCAGCCCCGGCCCAGGACGACCCGGUCCUGCGCAGCUUCAUGCGCUGCGUGCAGGCCAAUCUGCUGUGCGUGUGGCGACGCAAGAUCAAGCCCGACGCCAAGGAGCUGUGGAUCUUCUGGUGGGGCGAGGAGCCCAACCUCUCCGAUGUCAUUCAUCACGAGCUAGAAGUGGCUGAGGAGGGUCUCUGGGAGUGCGGACUGUCCUACGAGUGCAGGACUCUCCUGUUCAAGGCCAUACACAACCUGCUGGAGAGGUGUUUGAUGGAUAAAGGCUUUGUGCGGAUCGGGAAGUGGUUCUUCAAGCCACACGAACCGGAAGAAAAGUCUCUGGGCAACAGUGAGCACCUAUCAUGUUCCUUCUCGUUCUUCCUCCACGGGGAGAGCAACGUGUGCACGAGCGUGGAGAUCGCCCAGCACCAGCCUGUAUACCACAUCACAGAACACCACAUCCGCCUCGUGCAGACCUCCGUCACACCAGUGCAAGUGAUCCUGAGUCCAUACGGUCUGAGUGGCACUCUAACAGGUCAGGCCUACAAGAUGAGUGACCCAGCAGUGCGGAAGCUGAUGGAGGACUGGAGCUACUUCUACCCUAUGGUGCUCCAGCAGAAAGAGGGAAGUGGAGAGAAGGAAAAAGAAGAAGCGAGCCAGGCCUAUGACCGCAACUGUCAUGUGGCAGUGGAGGUCAUUGUAGGUGGAGUGAGGAUGACCUACCCAGCUGCUUUUGUGCUGAUCGCCCAGGGGGACCUACCGGUGGAGCAGCCUCCACCUGUUCCUGCAGCUCAGGGCCUCAACAGAGAACCGAACCACUGCAGCGUGCCGCUCACACCGCCAACGUCACCGGAGCAGCCCUGCUCAGCGGACAGUGGCUUUGUGACAUCCGUCUCCAGUGUUCCCACGCCAGACAGCAGCAUGGGAGUCACUAGCAUCAGCCCAAAGCAUUCUGGGAAAAAGCUUACCUGCCAGGUGGUCCAUCAGGCCUGGAGGGAGUGUUAUCUCAACCAGCCUCAACAUGUGCAGAAUCUGCCAUCUGAUGUGACGCCUAAGAAGGAAGUGCCAAAUGGAGUUACCACGUGGGACUUCAACGAUCUGGGAACGAGAGUGCCCUGCAGCUGCUCCAGGUUGAGGCAGCAGAAACUGAGUCUGACCACCACGUCCACUGCCAACACCCAGACUAGUGCCAAUCCAGCUCAGUCCGCUGGCCCGUCAUUAUACCCUCCCUCCCAGCCCAAACACAAGACCAGUGACAAGACAGAAAAGGCUGACAAACAGUCCAAGAGGCCAGCCAUGAUCCCCUUCCACCACCGUCUAUCUGUCACGCAGGAAACCCCUCUGGAACAGGACUCACCAGGAGGGCCGCAGCUUGGGGGUCUCGUGCCGCUAGAGCCACCCAUGGAGCCUCUGGCCGUUCUGCCAAGUUGCAAGUACCCGAAACCACUCUCCAGGAAAGCCCCCGAGUCCCUCCUCCAUUCACCGAUGUCUCCGCUCCCGCCUACACUCAGCCCACACCCCCGGGUGCAGGACCCAGAGGUCCUGGAUGGCCCCGUGGACAUGCCUGUCUGUCCAGAUGGAGCCUCGGGGCUGGGGGUGAUUACCAGCGAGACAGCUGUGUAUACAGCUCUUCUGAGGCAGAGGGAGAGUGGGGCCGGCUGGUGGAGAGGAUUCAGGACUCCCAGAACUGAUAAGACUGACUUCAAACCCCCUGAACUCCCCACUGAUAAAUUAGAGGAAGUGAAGACAGAGACAUCCACUGAAGGAGCUCCACUAAAGAGACUAUACACACAGACUCACAAGAGAUUUAAAAUCUCAGAGGAGAGGGCGAGGGACCACAUCCACACUUUGGGCCUUUUCCAGCAGCCUGUUGUGGAGGUACUGCGGGAGCCUGGGGAUGAUCCUUACGACUUUAAGGAAGGAGACAUCGAGUACACUUUCUCUACUUCAAAGAGAUUAAAGGGCCAAGGGCGAGAACCCAGCAAGAAGGCCAAGGGAGAAGAAAUCACCAGCAAUGGAGCACUGCCUGAUGGGAAAGAUGCUAUGUCCAUUUUUAACUCAGCCCCAAAGUCAGAUGAAUCAGGUCAGGAUGAUGGAGCUGCCAAAGCCAAUCCUUCCCUGACCAGAGAAAAAGAUCUGGUGGUCAACAUCUCUGAUUUAGACAACAUAUUUGAUGAAGAUGAGGAAGAGUUGGGGACUGUUUACCCCAAUCAGCACACAGCAAAGCUGCCAGUGUCGACAGAAGAUCGCCCUCUUGGGAAAGAAGGGAGAGUUGCAGUACCUUAUCCAUCAACAGUAGCAGACCUCCAGCGGAUGUUUCCCACCCCACCUUCUCUAGAGCAGCACCCAGCCUUCUCUCCCAUCAUGACGUAUCGUGACACCCCGAGCCAAGAGCCGCCUGCGCCCAGCGGAGCAGCUGACCACCUGCCGCCUUUAGCCUCCACGCAGCUUACUGAAUACAGGAUGGAGAUGGAUGAGAGUAUGGCCAGUCCCAGGCAGGAGGAUAUCAAGCCACAAAUAGGCUCCUCCAUGUUUGCUCCACUAUCUUGCCUGCCCAGCCAGAGUCUACAACCACUCAAGAUUCCAGAACAAUGUUACUACCGUCCAUCCUGGGCCCUCAUGCCCAAAAUGGAGCAUUUCCCAACAGUCAUGCAUCCCCAGAAUACCACUUUCAUCAAGGAUGGAUACACAAAUAUCCCCAGUGUCAACACCCUCACAGACCAGGAGUAUGGCCAGAUGAGCGCCACCACUGCCUCUGUGAGCACCACUGUUGGUAUCCUCCCAUCUCCUGCCACUCCCCGCUUCUCUGUGCCCACUCCACGAACCCCUCGUACACCAAGGGGUAUUAAUGCUGCAAGCUCCGGGCAGGGUUCAGUGAAGCAGGAUGGUACUGAGCUUAGCUCGCCAGCCUCCACCCCUUCCACCAGCUUGCCUCUCAGCUCUGUGGAGCCCCUAGCUCGCCCGGGACCCUCCCUUCCCGAGGCCCACAGCCUGUAUGCUAUCCUCCUGCUCUCAGACUCUGUCCUCAACGUCUUCAAGGAUCGCAACUUUGACAGCUGCUGUAUCUGUGCCUGCAAUAUGAAUGUCAAAGGGGCAGAUGUGGGGGUGUAUAUCCCCGAUUCCACCUGUGAAGACCAGUACCGCUGUAUGUGUGGCUUCAGCGCCAUAGUGAACAGACGGCUGGCCCACGGCACAGGCCUCUUCCUGGAGGAUGAGCUGGAUAUUUAUGGUCGGACUUCCGAGGUAGGCCGGGCAGCUGAGAGGAGGCUGGCUCUUUGCCGGCGGGACCCAACCAUGGGAGACCCCAGGGCCAAGCGGCCUCAAGACGCAGCCCCAGCCUCUCCGUCGGUCAUGAUCCUUCUGCAGGAGCAGUGCUCUCAGCCCAUUUCCUCCCUGGCGUCGCUGCAUCUCCCUCUCAGCUGUUCCUGCCAUGGCCGCAAGGGGGCACUGCUCCAAAGCUGGAUGUCUGAAAAGCAGUGGGCAGAUGGGAGUGAUGCCUGUGUGGAGUGUUACAAUGCCUUGGAACAGGGGCUGCAGUAUGUGGAUAACCCCACAGGAGGGAAAGUAGAUCCAGCUGUUGUCAGAAGUACAGCUCUGCAUUCCUGGCCUCACACUAAUGUGGUGGACAUGAGCAUGUUGUCGUCCCAGGAUAUGGUUCGUAUGCUGCUGUCUCUGCAGCCUUUCCUGCAGGACGCCAUCCAGAAGAAGAGAACAGGACGGACCUGGGAGAACAUCCAACAUGUUCAGGGUCCGCUCACCUGGCAGCAGUUCCAUAAGAUGGCUGGGAGAGGCACUUACGGUUCGGAGGAGUCACCAGAGCCUUUGCCCAUCCCCACAGUGUUACUGGGCUAUGACCGAGAGAGGGACUUCUUGGCAUUGUCUCCUUUAGCACUACCUUUUUGGGAGAAGCUGCUACUGGAGCCUUAUGGGGGGCAGCGGGAUGUGGCCUACGUGGUGCUGUGCCCCAACAGCCCCUCUCUGCUGGCCGCAGCCCGGGCUUUCUUCCAGGAGCUCAGCGCUGUUUACGAGACGUGCCGCCUUGGGAAGCACCGUCCUCUGGCCAAGGUGUCCAGGGAUGGCCUUGUGCGUGUGGGUGAAGAUGUGGAGCCAGAAAAGCUGGAAGAGGUGGAUGUGGACCAGUGGAUGACUGGACCCUGGGCCGGACAGCAGCACACCGACAACCUCAGCAAACUUAAACUUUACGCUUAUGCCUGCAAGCAGCAGCUGGGUCCCCAGCUGUCAGCCCUGCCUCUGGACAGCAGUCUUCUGCUGCCUCCCAAAGCCCAGCCUCCUGCAAACAACACAUCUUCAGCCCAGCCUGCCUCCUCUGGGCAGACUCAAGCUUGGGCUCCUGACGGAGAACAAGCUCAAGGUACUGUCAGUUCGGCCAACGCUCCGACCCCAACUGGAGCGACCUCAGGCCAGACAGGGGAGACAACCCAGGGGGGAACCAGCGAUGCUAAGGGGACGUCUAGUGCCACACCACCAGCUAACACACCAGCAGAAAACCCUGAACUGACUUCUGAGCAGUCUAGAAUUGGCAUCCCCACUGUGGCAGACUCAAUGGACAGCCACACCAACCCACCAGCUAUCGUCAUUUACAUAGUGGAUGCUUUUCUUAGCUCAAGUGCAGUGAGAAGUGAAGGGGGAGAGGAAGAAGAGGGUGACGAGGUAGAGGCAGGUAGCAUUUGGCUACUUGGGCUUCUUCGCUGCUACACGGAGAUGCUACAGACUUUGCCUGAGAUGAUGAGACCUGCACUGGUGCUACAGGUGGUGUCAUGCCAGUAUCUUCUCCAGCCAGCCAGUGGGGAGAGUCACUUGUAUCUGCAGCACCUGCGCUCCCUGGCCUUCUCUUGUUAUUCCCAGUGCAGACGUCUGCUACCCCAGCAAACACACAUCAAGUCCCUGACUGGCUUUGGACCAGUGUCCACUGUCAAUUCUGUACUCAGGAGUCCAGAGCAUCCCAGCCCACUGCAACUGUAUUCUCCUCCAUUCAUCCUUGGUCCGACCCGUCCCAAGCAGCCAGAACCGGGAGAGAUUUGGGCAGAGCUCCCUCCCAAAUACAAUGUGCUGUUUGUUGGCUACUGCCUAUCACAUGACCAGCGAUGGAUCCUGGUGUCAUGCACUGACCAGCAGGGAGAACUCCUGGAGACCUGUAUUAUCGACAUUGAUGUUCCUAACAGAGCACGACAGCCCAAGGUUUCAGCCAGGAAGAUGGGACUUCAGAAGCUGUGGGAGUGGUGUAUUGGCAUCAUCCAGAUGACCUCACUGCCAUGGAGGAUUGUGAUUGGUCGAUUAGGCAGACUGGGGCAUGGGGAGCUAAAAGACUGGAGCUCGCUCCUCGGAGAGCAUUCCCUCCAUUCAAUAGGGCGCCAGCUGAGGGAGGCUUGUCGAAUGUGUGGGAUCUCAGCUGCUGACUCUCCCACCAUUCUCAGUGCCUGCCUGGUAGCCAUGGAGCCGCAGGGCUCCCUCGUGAUCAUGCCUGACGCAGUGACCAUGGGCUCAGUGUUUGGACGCAGCACUGCUCUGAACCUGCAGACCUCGCAGCUGAACACGCCUCAGGAUGCUUCCUGUACACACAUCUUAGUCUUCCCUACUUCUGCCACCACCCAGCUGGCACCCAGCUCCUACCCUACAGAGGACAAUAAUGAUGACAUGUUUGAUUUGCCCUUCCCUGAUGAACUGGAGAAUGACAUUGGCCAAGACAUGAUGCUGAUCACAGGGAACCUGCACCCUUCUCCCAACACGUCUCCCGUGCCCUCACCUGGCUCUCCUUCUGGGAUGGGAAUGGGGUCACAUUUCCAGCACACCAGGAGCCAGGGAGAGCGCUUGUUGUCCAGGGACAAUCCGCCAGAGGAGCUGAAGCAGCAGCCGCUGGCUCUGGGUUACUAUGUCUCCACUGCACAAGCAAACGGACUUCCUCACUGGUUCUGGGCUUCCUGCCCGCAGGCUGAGAGCCAGUGUCCACUCUUCCUCAAGGCAUCUCUCCACCACCACAUCUCCAUAGCCCAGUCAGAUGAGCUGGUGUCAGACAAGACUAAGAGGAACCCUCACCCGUUAGACUCAAAGACCACCUCUGAUGUGCUCAGGUUUGUAUUGGAGCAGUACAAUGCCCUCUCCUGGCUGACGUGUACCCCUGCCACCCAAGACCGCCAGUCCUGCCUGCCCGUCCACCUGGCUGUAUUAAUCCAAAUGUACAAUGCCAUCCUGAACAUGCUUUAGCUGCGUGUGAGACUUCAAGGACAACUUGUAGGAGGCUGACGGUUACCUUCAUUUCCUCUGUGCCUACGCUUCCUCCCUUUUGGCACCAGAGAGCACCAGAACUCUUCUGUUGAUGUGGGUAGAUGUGGAUUUUAAUGGCCAAAUAAAGGACAGGGCAGGUCAGACUCUUCCAGACCUGGGAAGUAAUGAAUAAGAAGAGUGAAAUGCUCCGAACAAUAACUUUGGUUGACCGCGACACCGCACAAAUCCAGUUUGUACCUCCAAACACUGGCUCGGUGUUAGUUACGGUGCUUUCUGAGGGAGAAAUGGAUGGAUCUAUCCAACUAUGCCCAUUUUACUGACAUAUCACAACGUUAACUUUCUCCUGAUCAAAACAGCAUUAUGUCCCACAUGGGGUACAUCUCUUAGUGGCAUUUGAAGCAUCUAUGGAUGACAGAAGCUCUGUGUGAUUCUACAUUCUCACCUGUGAAAAGGGACGUCUGUGCAGGGCCACAUAACUCCAUAUUGUACAACCAGCAAAAUGGCAUGACGACACAAACCCAUGGCUUUGUUACAUCAAUGAUGUGUUAAUGAUGUUUUUACAUUUUUUUUGUACAGAACUGCACUGUUGAGCUUCUCGGGACUUGCAGUUGGUUGAAGAAACUUUUACCUUUACUCUGAAAGGGGCAGAUGUCCUCAUUUACUCCAAAGAGGGAGCAUUUGAUAAUGGCACUUUUUUCUUCACCUUCCAAAGUGUUGUAGAUAAAAACACAAUGGAAAUUAUUUGACCAGUUAAGACAGAAGUGUUGUUUAUAAUGUAAGACAUACAUUUGCAAAGAAUUGAGACUUAUUUUUAAUAUUUAAAACAAGGAAAUGAGAAUCUUAAACAAGGCCUUUUUUCCCAAUUGACUGUUAAUAGUCUUGGGAUCUGAAAUAAAAUUUGUCAUUUUAAUGCAAUUGUAAAGAUGCCAUAUUUAUACAAAUUAUAUCAUGUCAUAGAAUUUGAUAUAUAUGUAUAUACAUAAAUAUAUAUUACCUCUUCUAAGCAGGCACUUAAUGGUAAGGGUGAUGGACACAACCAUCUCUUUAGAAAUGGACACAGUAUGAACAUUUAUCAAAGAAAAUGCAUUUGAGUUGUUCUUUUUUUAUUUUCUACAGAUACUGAACAUUUUAGCUUUUUAUUUAAAUGUUUAAAUUAAACUAAUUGAUGCAGGAGAUACAGUAUACUGUAUAUUUAUAAUGUGUUCCUCUUCUGCUAAAAAAAACUUGAAAUAGGCAAUAGAAGACCAUGGUAUUUGAACAUUGCAAGGUAAUUAAAUAUUUAAGAAUGAUGCUUUAUUUCAUUGGCUCUCCUAAAUGAUGUCAAGCGAACCAUUAGAAAGGCCUGUCUCUUCAGCUUCACUCAGUCUGCUCUUUGUUAGAUUCCUAGCAUGUUUGUAUAUACACUUUUCAGCUGUGUUUUUUGGAAUUUCUUAAAGCUGUACAUUUCAUGCUGGUUGGUUUACUUUCAAGUGAUUCAUAUCAAAGUAUUUUUUUGCUGUGAGCUUUUUUGAUAUAUAUAGUAUACGGCACAGAAUUCAUUUAAUUACAGCCAAGAGGUUAAAUUGCCAAGUAAGUGUACACAAAUGUACAGACAAGGGCAAGUUUGCAAAAAAGAAAAAAAAAUUGUUACAUCUCUCAUCACUUUGAAUAUCAAACAGAUCCACUUUAGUGGAAGAGAUCUGUUACUUUUACACUCUUUUUUAGUAAAUUAUUAAAACUCUUGAAAAUGA